AUGCAGCAAGUAUUCCUGCUGAAAUGGCUUUUUUGUGGCUUCAUAAUUACACUUCGAUGCCUUGCAUUUCAAGCCUCUGAGUCGCUGUCGCAGAGUGGAGAUACGAUUGAAAACGAUCCCAAAGAGACAGUCGAUUGGACUGGACUAAUCACCGAUCUACGUGAUAGUUGGCAAUCACCGCUUUAUUACUUAAAAAAACGUGGUUAUCUGCCUCCAGGCAAUGAAAAUUUAUUGGAGCAAAAACUAAACGAAUUACGAGGCAUAAAAAUCAAUGAACAUAAUUUUGACGAAUUCGGAGAGAAAGCUGAUGAGAAUAUGGAAGAACUUCCUAACGCCUUCUCAGCUUCUUCCAGUGUUUUAAGCUCAGCUGAGCCAGGUUCAAUCGAUUCCGUUGAAGAUGCCAACUGCAAUCAAGCCAUUAUUACAUCUGGUAGCCAGCAACAAGAGCCGCAGGAUUCUACAGACAUUUUGUUCAAAGAACUUUCAGUUGAUAUGCGUUCUGAUGCUGAUUCUAAUACCGAAACAGACCGAGACUCUGAAGAAGAUUUAGGAAGCCUCAAAAAUAAUAUUGCAAACGCUUGUGCUAAAAAGCCGUCUACAGCCGCGACGAAAUCCAAGUCCAAAUCAAAGUUGAAAUGUAAGUCCAAGACUAAGCCAAAAUCCAAGCCUGGAUUUUUUCAAAGACUAAAGGAAAGCUUUUCAUCAAUAUUUAAAAAACCCCAGGCUGCGAAUUCAAAAGAGGAACAGAUAAAAAAGCCUGCACUUUCAUCGGAUUAUGCCAACUAUUUUGUGAAGUAUUUGGCUCAUAGAGACAUGAAUACAGAUGCGAACAAUUUGAGCGUUAAUGAUUUAAAUAGUCGAUAUGUUGGUAUAAAAAGUUCUAGGAAUUCAGAACGUGUUGGUAAGGGUUUACACCGAAGAGAGUACAAUAGCAAAGACUUAAAUUCCAAGGUUUCAACGUGUGGCGAUCUAAGUGAUAAAGAAAUAUCAUUGCAGACAAAGAACGAUAUUGCAUUUGAAAAAUUCAGUGACGAAGCAACAGGUAAAAAGGAUUCGGUGUUGAAAGAAUUUCCAUUCCAAGAUUUCAACUUUGGAGAUUUAAAUUUAAAAAAGCUAAGUACAAAGGAUAUCAGAAGUAACAACAAAGCUGAUGACCAGUUUUCUGAUCUAGAAAACUUUAAAUCGAAAGAUGAAGAAGUUAAUAAGAUCGUGCAUAGUUUGGCGGAACAACAUUCUACUGCAAAGGAUCCGUUUAAGAACGAAAAAUGGGAGACAAAAGGUGAUUCUAGUUUGAAAGAAUUAGCACUGCCUAAGGACUCCGAAAAUUUACUACUUGAAAAUAAUAAAUUAAUCCAUGAAGAUUAUAAAGACCAUAAUGUGAAAGAAAUCGUGCCAAUUAUAGCAGGAAAAAGUAUUGAAGAAGUAAUUGGGAAUGGGAAGAAGGAAAUAAGUUCCAAAAACGAAGUCUCUAAUGAACUUACCGCGUCAAGUUUUAGCAUGAGAAGACCGAAUUUUGAUGCGAAAGACGAUACAAGCAAGCUUUUGGGUCUCAAGAAUUUUGACUUCUCCUUUCCUGACUUAAAUUUGAGGAGUUUGGCUUCUACCUCUAAAGAUAUCAUAUCCAAAGAUAAUAGUUUUGAUGAUUUCGCCAACUUGGGUAUGUCCAGUCUUAAAAUGAAGGUGCUUGAAUCCGACGGGGAAGAAAUUGAUACUCCCACUGAUAUUGAAAGUUCUGGUUUCGCUGCCAAUGAAGACAUAUCAAAGGAAAGCGACGUGAACGAAUACGGCGUGCGGAAAUCAGAUGACACAAGCUUAAAUAUAAAGAGCCACAACGUUAGGGUUGCAACCGGGUUAGCGGAGGCUAAACAAACAAAAAUAAAUGGCUUCGUGUUAGGGGAUCUAUCCGCAAUAUCAGAUAAAAAUAAUCUGGACUUAGAUCGACAAUUUACGAGGCAAGUUUUGGAAAAGGUUAUGAGGAGUACAGUUCAAGAGCGUGAGCUUGACAAGCAGUAG